AAAGAAUAGUCAAGCCCUUCUGCCUCACUCAUCUUACCUGCAUAAUAAACCAGCAAAUUAAAGACACAUGAAGUAUAAGAAAGAUUGGUAGAGUGAACCUGAAGAUAGUGAUCAGAAUAAUCACCUUCAUCAACAUGGCUUCCUUCGAAUUUCCCAUAUGCCUUCUCACCCUCUCCCUCCUAACCUUUCUUAGCCUCACCGCCGAGGCAGCACCCACUUACGCCUCUCACACCUGCUCAAACUCGACCUUUUUCACACCCAACAGCACAUACCAAGCCAACCUCAACCUCCUCCUCUCCGCUCUUUCCUCUAACGCCAACAACCGCAGCGGCUUCUACAAAGCCACGGUCGGCCAGGCCCCUCCCGACGUCGUCAUCGGCCGUUUACUCUGCCGCGCCGAUCUCUCCCCGGACCUCUGUCAAAACUGCAUCUCUACUGCCAUGAGAGAUAUAAGAAAUCGCUGCCCCGCCGACAAGGUGGGGCUAAUCUGGUACGACGAGUGCACGUUACAGUACUCCAACGAGUCCUACCUGAACGACAAGGUGCCCUUCCAAAACUUUCCAACCACCACCCAGAACGUCGUUGAGCUGGACCACUUCAACACGCUGCUGUCAACCACGAUGAAGUCGUUGGCGACACAAGCCGCGAAUUCUCAAUCGGACAAGAAGUUCGCGGCGGUUGAAGUAAAGUUCACGAGCUCACAGAAGCUGUACUGCAUGGUGCAGUGCUCGCCUGAGAUGGACGCCGAACUGUGUAUGAGUUGCUUGGAAAGCGCCAUAGGCUCUCUUCCUCAGUGCUGCACGGGAAAACAAGGCGGAAAGGUUCUGCUUCCGAGCUCCAACAUUAGAUACGAGUUGUUUCCAUUUUACAAUCUGACCACAGUAUCUCCCGGAUCUCCUUCUCUUCCUCCUCCAGGAAAAAGCAAGUCAUCUCUGAUUACUAUCAUCGCCAUUGUUGUCCCAAUUGCUGCUUCUGUCGUGCUUUUCGCCAUUGGAUGUUUCUUCCUGUGUAGAAGAACAAAGAAGAGUUACAAUUCAUUACUAGUUGAAAAUGUUGGGGCUGAAAUUACAUCUGUAGAGUCCUUGCAAUUUGACUUGGGUACGAUUGAAGCUGCAACAAAUAACUUCUCUGAUGAUAACAAGAUUGGCAAAGGUGGAUUUGGUACGGUUUACAAGGGUAUCUUUUACAAUGGACAAGAAAUAGCAGUGAAGAGGCUAUCCAAAACCUCUGGGCAAGGUUCAGCAGAAUUUAAGAAUGAGGUUAUGCUGGUUGCGAAACUUCAACAUAGAAAUCUAGUGAGGCUCUUAGGAUUUUGCUUGGAAGGAGAAGAAAAGAUACUCGUUUAUGAAUAUGUGCCCAAAGGAAGCCUUGAUUACUUUUUAUUCGAUACCGAAAAACAAAGACAAUUGGAUUGGUUAAGCCGUUACAAGAUUAUAGGAGGCAUUGCUCGAGGACUUCUUUAUCUUCAUGAAGAUUCUCGGCUUAGAAUUAUACAUCGUGAUCUUAAAGCUAGCAACGUUUUAUUAGAUUGCAAUAUGAAUCCAAAGAUUUCAGAUUUUGGCAUGGCAAGGAUAUUUGUGAUGGAUCAAACCCAAGGAAAUACAAGUAGAAUUGUGGGAACAUAUGGUUACAUGUCUCCGGAGUAUGCGAUGCACGGACGAUUCUCAGUAAAGUCCGAUGUAUUUAGCUUUGGUGUUCUACUUCUUGAGAUUAUCAGUGGUAAAAGGAACAACUGUUUCUAUCAAUCAGAGCAUGAUCAGGACCUCUUAAGCUUUAUCUGGAAACACUGGAAGAAUGGAACCCCAUUGGCAUUGUUGGAUCCUACCAUGAGAGAUUCUUUUUCAAAAAAUGAAGUCAUUAGAUGCAUCCAUAUUGGGUUACUGUGUGUUCAGGAGGAUCCAGCAAGCCGACCAACAAUGGCAACAAUAGUUCUCAUGCUUGACAGCUACUCUGUUAGUCUGCAAUUACCUCAGCAGCCUGCAUUUUUGUUUCGGAAUAGAGCAAAGAAGAACAUGAAAACAAAUGAAGUGUCGCCUAGUGAUUCUACAACAACUCAAUCUGUUCCAUUAUCUAUUGAUGAAGCAUCCAUCACUCAACUAUACCCUCGAUAUAUCAUCAAAAUGACUUCCUUGAAUAUUCUCUCCAUGACCCUUUUGUUCCUUUCCGUGCUUACUUUCCUAUUCCUCAACCUGAUCACUCAAGCGGCUGCCCAAACUUACCUCUACCACUUCUGUGCAAAUAGUACCGUCGCCCAAAAUAGCAUCUACAGUUCCAAUAUCAACUCCCUUCUCUCUUCCCUCUCCUCCAACGCCACCGGAAACAUCGAAUUCUACAGCACCACUGCCGGCCAAACCACCUCCAACCCCGUCUACGGUCUCUUCCUCUGCCGCGGAGAUGUCACUGCUGAAAUUUGCCGAAAUUGCGUGGUCAGCGCAACCCAGCAACUCGCCAGUAAAUGUUCAAGGGAAAAGAUGGCGGUUACCUGGUACGACGAGUGCAUGGUCCGCUACUCCAACAAGUCUAUCUUCUCCACAGUGGCCGUAAAGCCUAGAAUUUCCUUGCUGAACACACAGAACAUCACCGAACAGAACCGGUUUAACCGGCUAUUGAACAGGACGAUGACCCAACUGGCAACUGAGGCUUCCAACUUUCCGAUCGGUGUUAAGAAGUUUGGGACUAAGGAAGUGGAUUUUUCGCAGUUCCAAAAUCUGUACAACCUUGUACAGUGCACGCCGGACCUGUCCAGCGCCGACUGCAAUAGUUGUCUUCAGGCAGCAAUAAACCGUCUUCCGAUUUGUUGUGAUGGAAAGCAAGGGGGAAGAGUUAUUUUUCCUAGCUGUAAUGUUAGGUACGAGUUGUACCUUUUUUACCAGAUAGCAGUGAAUGCGACACCCACGCCUACGGCAGCUCUUCCACCUCCAUCUUCAGGAAAAAGCAAAAUCUCAAAGGUAACAAUAAUUUCCAUUGUUGCUCCAAUUGCUGUCUGUGUGUUGCUACUCGCUCUGGCCCACUGUUUCCUGACUAGGAGAGCAAGAAAGACGUUCAACGCUGUAAAGGGAGAAAAAUCUAUGAAAUCCGAUCAUAUCCAAAGUUAUCAAGCUACGAAUGAAAUUGCAAAGGAAAUAACAACUGCAGAGUCCUUGCAAUUUGAUUAUGGAACAAUUGAAACCGCCACAAAAAAAUUCUCAAAGGACAAGAAGCUUGGUGAAGGUGGAUUUGGGGAAGUUUAUAAGGGUAUACUUCUUAAUGGACAAGAAAUAGCUGUGAAGAGGUUGUGGAGAAAAUCUGGACAAGAUGUAGAGCAAUUUAAGAAUGAGGUUUUACUGGCAGCUAAACUUCAACACAAAAACUUAGCGAGGCUGAUGGGAUUCUGCUUGGAAGGAGAAGAUAUGAUGCUCAUUUAUGAAUUUGUGUCCAACAGAAGCCUUGACAAUUUUCUAUAUGAUCCAAAAAAACAAGUACAAUUGGAUUGGUCGAGACGUUACAAAAUAAUAGGAGGAAUUGCACGAGGAAUUAAAUAUCUUCACGAGGAUUCUCAGGUUAAAAUUAUACAUCGUGACCUAAAAGCUAGCAGUAUAUUGCUAGAUGCGGAUAUGAAUCCAAAAAUUUCAGAUUUCGGCAUGGCAAGGAUUCUUGAAGUUCAUCAAAAUCAAGGAGACACAAGUAAAAUUGUUGGGACAUAUGGGUAUAUGUCUCCAGAAUAUGCAAUGCACGGAGAAUUCUCUGAGAAGUCCGAUGUGUAUAGUUUUGGUGUCUUAAUCUUAGAAAUUAUAAGUGGGAAGAAGAAUAAUAACUUUGAAUCAGAGGGUGCUGAGGAUCUCUUGAGCUAUGCAUGGAUACGUUGGAGGGAUGGAAAGCCAUUGGAAUUGUUGGAUCCAGCUUUGGGAGAUUCAUAUUCGAGAGAGGAAGUGAUGAGAUGCAUCCAUGUUGGCUUAUUAUGUGUGCAGAAAGAUGCAGCUGACAGACCAACCAUGGCAUCAAUACUGCACACGCUCAGUAGCUACUCUGUCACUCUAGAGUCCCCUCAACAGCCUGCGUUUUUCCUUCGCUCUAAAGCCGACCCGAACAUGCCUCCAAUGGAUAUGGCGUCUACUCAGUCUAUUAGCAUUUCAAUGCCGUGGUCUGUCAAUGAUGAAGCACACGUUACCGAACCACACCCUCGGUAGUGCAAAGGAAGCAAGCAGUCUGCCAAGUAUUGUGCAAAUAAAAGUGGGCAGAUUAUGUGAGAUUUUGUAUAAGGGAAUAACUUCAGUCCGGUCGUGGCAAACAAGGGGGGUUUUUUGCCCACCAAUAAAUGAAUGCCAAAUCAACUUGGAGCAAGAAAAUACAAUGAGAACAAAACACUUGAUUUUUAUCCUCCUCACAGCCCUCAGCCACCGAUCUCCUGGAUCCAUCAGCGAUUCGUCCUCCUACUCAUCCCACUCCCGGUUCCAACUCAAAUUGGGUCCAACCGCUUGAUCCUCCACGGGUCCCAGGAUGGCGGUGGCGAUGGGACUUCCGGUGGCCACGUUUUUACUGGUGGCCAUGGCAUGAAAUUUCGGGAUGUUGAGGUAGAGAAGAUUAAGAAAAAUAGAGAAACAGAGAGGGAGUAAAAGAUAAAGAGAGAAAAGAGAGAGCGUGGGAGGCAGAGAAGGUUUCAGAGAAAGGGAGAAGUAAAGAGAGAGAUUUGGGAGUGAAUUUAAGGGGGAGGAAGAAAAAUAGUGAGUAAGGAGAGAAAUAUGGUGCGGGUGCUGGCGCCUGAGAGAUAUAGGAAAUGGGGUGGUCGGCGAGGGACCCUAUGGCUAUUGGGGUGGCCGGCGAGCUACCCCAUGGCUACGGGGGUGGCCGCGCCGACCACCCCAGUAGCAAUGGGGUGGCUGCUCCUCCUCCCUUGGGCCUUCCAUUUUUUUAUUUUAAACAAUUUAUUAAUAUUUUUAGUCAAUAAUCAGGUGUAAUUGUAUUUAUUUUGUAAACUUAAAUUUGAUAAGAUUGGAUUAGGUGGCAACUUCUUAUUGGUGGCAAAAACCCCCUGAUUUCUGCCACGACCGAACAACAGCACCUCUCUUUGUAUAAUAAAAGUAGGAAAACUGAGUGUGCCGGAAUGUAAAUAUUUAUGGCUUGUAAAUUCAAGAAGACAUAUAGGACUUGGAAUCA